GCGAAUUUGUAGAGAGUGGACCAAAAUGGCGGAGGGGACGGGGCAGGGGCAGAGCCCUGUUGGUGUAGGCUUGGUAUUGUCUCAUGGAGGAACUUGCUCGGAGAACAAUCAUCUCGAAACAAGUCAAUAUGAUGCUCACUUACUUGUUCAUCUCGGUCCUUCUUGCGAGCAAUGCGAACGGACUGACUAGAAAAGAGAUUCGGAGGUUCAAAGCAGACACCUACACAGAACAAAACACAGGGCUCCAGGGAACUGUAUCAGUGACCACAACUCAGGGGACUCACACGAUUGUAAGUAAUGGUAUUCCGGACCACGCUACCGCUGAUUAUCCAACUCAACGAAACCCUAAUAACAUCAUCGAACAGAGCUACAGCUUCACUGUUCCAAAAAAUCCAAGUGUGGCGGAUCAAUCAACUGCAUUAAACAUGGGACCGAUUGGAAUCGCUGUAAAUGGUAUCCCAUUCUACAACCCAUGGACACGUGAAAACACUGACGCCGUCGAAUCGGAGACGUUCGACGAGUGUGAUGGUCACCCGGAUGGGAGGGGACGUUACCAUUAUCACAAAAUGCCGAGUAGUUGUGUUUUCAACAUCAGGGACGGUAUAGCGUCAACCAUAAUCGGGGUCGCGCUCGACGGCUUUCCGAUCUACGGGCCAAUUGACGAGGAUGGCACGGAGCUGACCUCAGCUGAUCUCGACGAUUGUCACGGCAAAGUGAGCUCCGACGGAAGCUACCGUUAUCAUACUACCGAAGACUUUCCUUACAUUCUUGGAUGCUACAGAGGUACGGUAAAUAAUUAAUUGAUGUUGGUACCAAGUUGUUCCAGUUGAACGAAUAUGAAGAAAUAUUAGUAGAGGCGUACGUAUAGACCCAUGUAGUAGGGUUUAGUUUUAAAAAAAUAUAAAAGUAUUAAAGUGCAGGAAAAAUAUAUUA